AUGAUUGGCCUUCCCACAGAUGACAAGCCACAGCGCAAAAAAGUGGCGGCGCUUACACUCACCGGAAUCAUAUUCCUUAUUGUGCUCUUUGGCACCAAUUUGUUUGGGUACUUGCGCAUCUUGCUGACUCCAACCAAUGUCAAGGGCGUUUGCCAGCUUGCGGACAUUCGCCGGCCCAAGUCUUUUGAAAAGGACAACAGCACAGUGUUGAAGAUUUUGCACAACGAGGACUUCAAGUUGGCAUCUGUGGACCGCCUUUCCCGGGCUAUCCAAGUGGACACCCAGAUUUUCGAUUCGCCUCCGCCAGUGGACGAAAACCCCGAGUACUGGGAGAAAUUCAAAGCUUUCCAUGCGUAUUUGAAGGAGACGUUUCCUCUUGUGCACGCCAAUUUGGAGCUCGUCAAGGUCAACACCUACGGACUUGUGUACUACUGGAAAGGUUCCGACAAGUCGUUGAAGCCCGUCAUGCUUACAGCACAUCAAGACGUUGUGCCUGUGCAAAAGGACACGUUGGACAAGUGGACGUAUCCACCAUUCGAGGGCCACUUCGACGGCACUUUUGUCUAUGGCCGUGGAGCUAGCGACUGCAAGAACAUUUUGGUGGGGAUUAUGGAAACGUUGGAGCUUUUGUUGGAGCAGGACUUUUCUCCGAAAAGAGGCAUCGUGGCUGCUUUUGGCUUCGACGAGGAGGCUUCGGGCUACAGAGGUGCACUCGAGUUGGGCAAGUACUUGCUUGAAAGAUUUGGCGCCGACGGAAUCUACGCCAUCAUUGACGAGGGAAGCACCCUUAUGCAAGAUGCCAUUACGGGCAGAGUAGUGGCGGCCGUGGGCACUGGCGAAAAGGGAUACAUUGACGUCAAUGUUGGGCUCAGCACACCUGGCGGCCAUUCGUCUGUUCCACCGGAACACACAUCUAUCGGCAUCAUGGGCGAAUUGGCGUAUAUCAUUGAAAAAGACCCCUACGAGGCGAUUUUCACCGACAGAAACCCAAUCUUCGGCUACAUGCAAUGCUUGGCUGUUCAUGCUGGAGACAAGAUGCCCACAGCAUUCCGCAAGUCGAUCUUGCGUGCUGGCUACGACAAAUUGGCCAAUUCCAAAGUGGUGGAGGCUAUUACGAGAUCGCCAGUGACAAAGUACUUGAUCACCACGUCGCAGGCCGAAGACAUUGUCCGUGGUGGAGAAAAGAACAAUGCGUUGCCCGAAAGCGUCCACAUGAUCGUCAACCACCGUGUGUCAAUUGAGACUGAGGUCCAGACGGUCAUGGAUCACUUUGUUGAUCGCGUGGUGAAAGUUGCCAAAAAGCACGGUUUGGGUGUCGAUGCGUGGGGCCAAGAAGUUGUGCCAGCAGGCGACUUGGGCAAAUUUGUUAUUGAAAGCGAUGGCCACAGUCUUGAGGCUGCGCCCGUGAGCCCAACAAAGGGCGAGUCGUGGGACCUUUUGUCGGGAAUCACAAGACACAUCUACGAAGACUUGGUUUUCCCUGAAAACAAAGAGCCUGUGAUUAUUGCUCCUGCCAUCAUGACAGGAAACACCGAUACCCGCCACUACUGGAACUUGACCAAGAACAUUUACCGUUACUCGCCUGUUUUUUACAAGGAUGUCAUGAAAGAAACUCAUGUGCACAGUGUGGACGAGAAGCUGGACAUUGCCAACCACUUGAGAGUAGUUGCGUACUUCUACGAGUAUCUCCAGGCGGCCAGCGAGUAA